CUAAACUGGAAUAUGGUUGGCGGUCUAUGAACAUGAACAUGAAGUAGAAGUGAUGAUGGAGUGGACUGGACACUGGACAAGAGUUGAAGAGUGUUUUGUGUACGUUGUCGGUGUGGUUUAGAUUUUUAAGAAAUUUUAACGUUUUUUCGAGCUAAUUUAAUUGAAAUUAUAUCCGAAAUUUAUAGAGAAAACAUUGGACAAUAUUUUCAAGUGAAUUUUGUUAAAAAAUUCAAGUCAAAAACAUUGAAAUUUUGUUUAAAACACAAAAAGAGUCGACUUCGAAGAGACUCAAGUUUAAUAAAUGUGGAACUGCUGCUACUGGGACCGCGAAAAGUAAAAAAAAUUAAAUUCCGUCCAUGAAAACGAAAAGAGUGAAUAACAACAAAUAAAACAAGAAGUGUCUUUUUUUUACCCUAUCGUCGUCGUUGUUGUCGUCGUCGUUAUUGCUGUCCUCGCCGUGCGUCGCAUCGUAGUCAUCGUCACCGUCGUCGUGGUCUUCCUCGUCGCAUCGUGGAGAGUUGUCCUGUGCGACUUGAUCUCUGUUAAAAAUCACUUCACUUCUUCUCCCAAUAUUCAAGUCUCAUAGUCUGGAUCUGGAUUCUCAAAAACUUGAAAACUUCUAUAAUCCAAUUCCGAAAUUAACCAUCGGAAUGCAACUUAAUACCAUUUAAACAAAAAGAUACAAAAAUUAAUUUGCAAGGAAAAGAAAAAGACAAACAAAAAUAAAAAAAAAUAUAAAUUAAGAAGAAAAACAAAAAUUUUGAAAAAAUGAGUAAAAAAUUUUCUAGAAAUUCAAAAUUUAAUAAUACAAUGGAUAAAAUGUCGGAACGUUUGUAUGACAUUGUUAAAAGUGGUAUGAUGGUUAAACGGGCACAAAAUAAAAAACGUUUUACACCUGUCAAUUAUAAACAAAGAUGGUUUGAGUUAACAAAGCGAACGCUUUCGUAUUUUGACGUUGAAAAUGUUGAGCGUCGUCGCGAAAGGGGUCGAAUACCAGUCAAAGGAGUACGUUUAGUGGAGACGGCAACAGUCAACGGUGAAGGCGGUGAUCCAUUUGCCCCAGAUGGAUAUCCAUUUCAAGUUGGUUAUUGUGAAUUAGAUGAUCAAGCAGCUGCAAGGUCCGUGCCCCAGUACACAUUGUAUUUGGUUGCUAACAGUGAAAAGGAACGAGCUGAAUGGAUAAGAGCUAUUCGUCAAGUUUGUGAAGAAACCAACACACAAAAAUCAUAUCGUUUUCAUCCGGGCCUAUGGUCAGGCAAGAAAUGGUCCUGCUGUAAGGGAAUUAGUCGAACGACUUUUGGAUGUCAGGCGGCAACACAUUGGCGUGAAACCAACAAUAAUCCAAGCACAGGAAGUUCUCCCGCCCAGAAUUCGACACGGAGCAUAAGUCCAAAUAAUUCAACGUCCACCAGUCAAUUCAGCCUGCAUCAUAAUAGUUCGGGUAGUUUAGGUAGUUCUACGCCCACCUCAUCUCAUCUGCCGUCAUCCGUUUCAACAUUUAAAACGUCAACAAGUAUUGUGAACGGAAACGGUACGGUUAUUUUGGAUAACACAAUGCCAGGUGGUAUUCCGACGCCCGGUACUCCAAAUUCAAAAGCUAAGGAUAACUCGCACUUUGUGAAAAUCGUCGUUGCACUUUAUCCUUUCAAAGCCAUCGAAGGCGGUGAUCUCUCCCUUGAAAAGAAUGCUGAAUACGAGGUAAUUGAUGACUCUCAGGAGCAUUGGUGGAAAGUCAAAGAUCAGCACGGAAAUGUUGGCUACAUACCUAGUAAUUACGUCAAGCCAAAAGCUCUUCUGGGUUUGGAACGAUAUGAAUGGUAUGUCGGUGAUAUGUCCCGACAGCGAGCUGAAUCUCUGCUUAAGCAGGGCGACAAAGAAGGCUGUUUCGUAGUUAGAAAAUCAUCCACAAAAGGUCUUUACACCCUAUCGCUACAUACCAAAGUUCCACAAUCGCAUGUUAAGCACUAUCAUAUUAAACAAAACGCACGUGGAGAAUACUAUCUCUCAGAGAAGCAUUGCUGUGAAACAAUUCCUGAUCUUAUCAAUUAUCAUCGACACAAUUCGGGAGGCUUAGCCUGUCGUUUAAAGUCAUCGCCCUGUGAUAGGCCUGUACCGCCAACUGCUGGAUUGUCUCAUGAUAAAUGGGAAAUCCAUCCAGCGGAACUGGUGCUCGGUGAGGAGCUCGGCUCUGGUCAAUUCGGUGUUGUGCGCCGUGGUAAAUGGCGUAGUUCAAUCGAUACAGCUGUUAAAAUGAUGAAAGAGGGUACAAUGUCUGAGGAUGACUUCAUUGAAGAAGCCAAGGUUAUGACCAAAUUACAACAUCAAAAUCUUGUCCAGCUGUAUGGAGUUUGUUCGAAACAUCGCCCAAUUUACAUUGUGACUGAAUAUAUGAAACAUGGAUCCCUGCUAAAUUAUUUACGACGACAUGAGACCACUUUGAUUGGUAAUAUGGGUCUACUUUUGGAUAUGUGCAUUCAGGUGAGCAAAGGAAUGGCAUAUCUUGAAAGACACAAUUAUAUCCAUCGAGAUUUGGCUGCUCGUAAUUGUCUAGUGGGCUCUGAGAAUGUUGUGAAAGUUGCUGAUUUUGGAUUGGCACGAUAUGUAUUGGAUGAUCAGUAUACUAGUUCUGGCGGUACCAAGUUUCCUAUUAAAUGGGCACCACCAGAGGUCUUGAAUUACACUCGAUUUUCGUCAAAGAGUGAUGUUUGGGCGUAUGGUGUUCUUAUGUGGGAAGUGUUCACAUGCGGUAAAAUGCCAUAUGGCCGCCUUAAGAAUACUGAAGUUGUUGAACGUGUUCAGCGUGGAAUUAUUCUAGAGAAACCAAAGUCCUGUGCUAAGGAAAUUUACGAUGUAAUGAAAAAAUGUUGGUGUCACUGUCCCGAGGAUCGUCCAUCUUUCCGGGUUCUAAAAGAACAACUUGCAUUAAUUGCUCAAACUCUAACCGAUUAAGCAGAAGCAACUCAAUAUGUGUUUACUAAAAUUAUCAAAACAACAAAAAUCAACAAUUUUAGUAAAAACAAAACAAAACAAAAGAAUAGCGACUAAAAAAAUCUCAUCUAUAAUUAAAUAAAAAUAAAAAAUAAAAAUUAAAAAAAAAACAGAAAUAAGAUUAUAAAUAUAAAUAUAUAUCUCCUCCUCAUAAUCAUUAGAACAAAUUUUAACUAUUAAUCGUUGUUUUUUAUUUUAAUUUUUUAAUUUUGUAUUUUAUCUUUAUUUUAAUUUUUACUUAAAAAAUAGAAAUUUAAAAAAAAACAUGAUUUUCAAGAUAAAAAAUAUGUAUGUAAUAAGAAAACCGUGAGAAUUUUUAAAAAAUAUAUUAAAUAUAUAAAAAUUAUAUAUAAAUAAACAUUGAUGAAAAACAAAAAUAACUAUAAGAGACGUACGACAAAGAUAAACAAAAUUUUAGAUAAAAUAUGUAAAUUUAUAAAAAAACAAAAUAAAAAAAAUAUUAUUAAUUAUUCAAAUUUGAACAAAAAAUAAAAAAGUAUAAAAUUUAAGUUUAUAUUAACAAAGACAAAAACAAAAAGUAACUAAAAUAAAAACAUUUUAUAUCGGAUUUUUUGUACAACCAAUCAAUAUGCUUUUUUACAAAUUUAAGAACAAAAUUUAACUGAAGAAAAAAUUAUUAUAUAUUAUAAAUGAAUGGAAAAUACAAUUAUAUAUAUAAACAUAGAAAUAUAUAUAUAUUAUCUCAUUAUAAAUGCAUAUAACUGUGUAUCUAGAAGAAAAAAGUAACGCUCAUAAAUAUUAAACAACAACAAACAAAAAAACUACAUAAUAUUUCUUUGAAAAUUAAAACAAACAAAAAUAAGAAAUAUUUUUUAAAGCCUUAAACAAAAAUAUUGCUGUAUAUUUAGUUUAGAUUUUUAUGUUUAAAUGUCAAAAAACAAAAAACAAAAAGCUUGCAAUUUGUGCUAUAUAUAAAAUGAUUUUUUAAUUAAUAAUAAAUUGGCAAUAAAAAUAAUAAUUUUAAAAAUAUGCCUGAAUUAAAAUUAAAAGAAAAAGAAACUAGUGAGAGAAGAAGGAAUUAUUUUAAAAUAAAGAUAGAUUUUGUGUUUAAGAAAGAAAUAUACCGAAAGAUAAUAACUUUUUAUUCUAUACCUAUAAAUAGUAUGUAUGCGAUUAUAAUUUUAUGUUUUUUUGUGAUUUAUGUUUAGUUAAUAAAAUAAAAAGAAAUGAAAAAAAUAAAAUGAAUAAGAUUGUGUAUAAAGAAGUGAAGAACUAAAACACUUGCUUUUUUUUCAAGAUGAUAAAUGUGUAACUCGAAUAUAUUGUUUUAUUUGAAUUAAAACAAUCAUUUUAUUUUUAUAUAAAUAGAUAAUUUACAAUUUGCUCAAAUUUUGAUUUCUUUAAUAAUUUUUCUUUUAAUUCCUUUAUUUAUUUCAUAAUUUUUGCUUUUUGUUUGAAUAUUAUUAUUUUUUUUUCUUAAAAAUGGAAUGAGAAUAAAAGAUUGUUUUAUAUUUUUUUAAUUUCUCAAAAUGUUUCAUUUUCAGUUUAUUAUUAUUUUAUUUUUGUAUGAAACAAUUGUACUGUGUAUGGCCUUGAUUUUAAUGAAAUAUAAAUAUAUUUUAAUUGUAAACAUUUUA